AUGGGCACCUUAAAAGCAACCGGAGUGGCCCUCCUCAGUAUCCUAUCUUAUGCUCAGGCAUAUCCCUCCAGUCACCUCGAACAGUUGCACAAACCACCAUUUUUUGUUUUGGCGGGUGAUAGCACCACAGCUACCCAAUCAUCAAACGGAGGAGGGUGGGGGGACGGCUUUCUUAACAAAACCCUUUUCAAAGGAGCCUCUGGUCGCAAUUUCGGCCACAACGGUGCAACUACUGUUAGCUUUCGUGAUGGAGGUGACUGGGACGAGGUCUUAGCGACUGUGAGAGGGGUUCGACACGACUAUCAUCCAUUUGUGACCAUUCAGUUUGGGCACAAUGACCAAAAGCCAGCUGCAAAAAUUUCAUUGUCACAGUACACCAGUAAUCUUGAAAAAUUUGUGACUGAAGCUUUUGAUGCUGGAGCUAUACCUAUUCUCGUCACUCCUCUGUCUCGGCGAAAUUACGAUAAUUCAACGGGUACACCGCGUAUCGUCAUGAGUCUCGCCAAUGAGACCAUGGGCACCAUCAAUGCUGCACACCAGUCAUCUGCUACAUAUAUAGACCUGAAUCAGGCUAGCACUCGGUAUCUAAAUGCAAUUGGACCAGAAAAUGCUUUUACAUACAACCUUAACCCAGCGGACCAUACCCACCUGAAUGUGCCAGGGAGUAUUCUGUUUGGAGGAAUUGUGGCGGAACUGAUUACCCAGAAACAGGAUGCUUUGACAAAGUCUGGAUAUCUACGUGUGGAUAGCCAACUGAAGAAGGAUGUUGACCAUGGGAUCUAUCACUGGCCUUGA